AUGAAUAAAAAAUCAUCGUACUUGGACAAUGUGGUUGGGGUGGGUGACAUGGUGCUAUUGGACCCCCUCACCGAUGAGUCUCUACUUUUAAACCUCAAGGAACGAUUCAGCAAAAGUGAGAUCUAUACCUACAUUGGGAGUGUUGUCAUUUCAAUCAAUCCCUACAAGAUGCUUCCCAUCUAUGGCCAGGAGAAGAUCAAUGAGUACCGCAAUUCUAACUUUUAUGAAUUGAGUCCUCACAUCUAUGCCAUUGCAGAUGAGGCGUACAGAUCACUCCGAGAUAGAAACAAGGACCAAUGCGUUCUCAUCACUGGGGAAAGUGGUUCAGGAAAAACAGAGGCCAGCAAACUUGUAAUGUCAUAUAUUGCUGCUGUUUGUGGAAAAGGAGAAGAGGUCAAUCAGGUCAAGGAGCAGCUUCUACAAUCAAAUCCCAUAUUGGAAGCUUUUGGGAAUGCCAAGACCAUACGGAAUGACAACUCCUCCAGAUUUGGAAAAUACAUGGACAUUGAAUUUGACUUCAAAGGCGAUCCAUUGGGUGGAGUCAUCAGUAACUAUCUCCUGGAAAAGUCUCGUGUUGUCAAGCGUCUGAAAGGGGAAAGGAAUUUCCACAUCUUCUACCAGCUGUUGGCAGGGGGGUCACCUGAGCUGCUGGAGCAUCUGAAGGUGCUAAGAGACUGUAAUCAUUACGUUUACCUGAACUCGGACAAAACGUCUCUGAAUGGAGUCGACGACGCUGACAACUUCAACACAGUUAAAACAGCAAUGAAUGUCAUUGGAUUCAACAAAUCUGAAAUGGACUCUAUCUGGGACACUGUUGCUGUCAUACUUAAACUUGGCAACGUCGCACUGAAGGCAGAAUCUCAGUCAGGUGGGACGGAUCACUGCUACAUUGAUGAUGUCAAAGUACUGAGAGAAGUCUGCGCUUUGAUUGGCCUAGAUGAGACUAUUUUGGAACAAGCACUCUGCUCUCGCACUGUGCAAGCCAGAAGUGAGAAAGUGAAGAUGACACUAACUGCUGCUCAGGGUUUCUAUGCACGUGAUGCUUUGGCAAAAAACCUCUAUGACCGCUUGUUUAACUGGUUGGUGAACCGAAUCAAUGAGAGCAUACAGGUUAAAGGCAAAGUACAGAAGAAGGUGAUGGGAGUGCUGGAUAUUUAUGGAUUUGAGAUUUUUGAGGACAAUAGUUUUGAGCAGCUUGUUAUAAACUACUGCAAUGAGAAGCUGCAGCAGCUCUUCAUUGAAAUCACUCUGAAAGAGGAACAGGAAGAGUAUAUACGAGAGGGGAUCGAGUGGACACAGAUCAAAUAUUUUGACAACGCCAUUAUCUGUGACCUGAUCGAAAAUAAUCAAAAAGGCAUCUUGGCGAUGUUGGAUGAAGAAUGUCUCCGGCCUGGUAAUGUCACUGAAAUGACAUUCCUCCAGAAGUUAAACCAGAUCUUUUCUGGCCAUCAGCAUUUUGAGAGCAAAGCGACCCAGAGCUCCAAGUUCAUCACCGAUGUAACACUGCCUGCCAACUGUUUUCGUGUGCAGCACUAUGCAGGAAAGGUAACGUACAAUGUUUCAGAGUUCAUAGACAAGAACAAUGACCUGCUGUACCGGGACCUAUCCAAGGCCAUGUGGCAGGCCAAGAACAAGCUAAUCAAGUCGUUCUUUUCUGAAGGGGACCCAAAGAUGACAUUGUUGAAGAGGCCACCAACAGCAGGCUUUCAGUUCAAGGCCUCUGUGAGUGUCCUAAUGAAGAACCUCCUGGCUAAAAACCCCAAUUACAUCAGAUGCAUCAAGCCCAAUGACACAAAGUCACCAGUAAAAUUUGAGGACGCCCUGGUGCAAAUGCAGAUCAAGUACCUGGGGCUGUUGGAGAACGUGCGAGUGCGGCGGGCAGGAUACGCCUACCGCCACCACUACAAGCCCUGCCUGGAACGUUACAAGAUGCUCUGUAAACAGACGUGGCCAAACUGGAAGGGGAACGACCGAGAUGGCAUAAAGACCCUUUUGAUUGAAUUAAAUAUACCCCCAGAGGAAUAUGCUUUUGGGCGGACGAAGAUCUUUAUCAGAAAUCCACGGACGCUCUUUGACAUGGAAGAGCAACGGCGCAUUCAGAUGGCAUUCCUGGCUACCUUGAUUCAGAAGACUUACCGUGGCUGGAAAUGCCGAACCCACUUCCUCCGGAUGAAAAAAAGUCAGAUAAUCGUCGCUGCCUGGUUCAGGAGAUAUUACCAACAAAAGAAAUAUAAAAAUACGAAGAAAGCUGCCAUCUUGCUUCAAGCCUAUACCAGGGGCUGGAAGGUUCGCAAACUCCAGAGACAGCUGAAGCAGGAGAAACGUUAUGCCGCAGCAGUCACCAUCAUUGCAGCUGGCUGGCGAGGUUACCAGGUGCGGAAAAGACACAGGAAAUACUUCAGAAAUAAUGCUUCGAAGAUUGUCCGGAGAUUCAUAAUCUCUUCAGUUACACAGAGGUACUUCCUUGGUCUGAGAAACAACCUACCUUCAAUGUCUCCACGAGACAGGAGCUGGCCAGUGUUGCGCUUUCACUUCUUGAGUGAAACUGAUGAGGAAUUGAAGAGGAUCUUUCACCUCUGGAAGUGCAAGAAAUACAGGCAAGGAAUCUCGAGCCAGAGGAAAGCAGAAUUGGAAGAAAAGCAGUAUGCCAGUGAACUUUUGAAGGAUAAGAAAGCCUCUUAUGCCUCCAGUGUACCUCAGCCUUUCAAAGGUCAAUAUUUGGACAAUCAGAAAAAGGCCAAGUAUCAGAAGCUAACCAGCAGCAUGCCGGGCAAGUUAAUCAUGAUGGACACAGUCAUGAAAAUUAACAGGAAGGAUGGAAAGAAUUCUCCAAGGAUCCUGAUGAUGACAAACAACUGCUUUGCCUUGGCAGAUCCAAAGUCCCCUCAAAUUAAAACCAUGAUUAAAAUGAAUGAGAUCAAGGGCAUCUCUAUGAGUGAACAGAAAGAUGGACUAUUUGUGCUACAUCUAGUGGAGAAUUCUAGUGUUGGAACUAAGGGAGACUUCCUCCUAAGCAGUAACCAUCUUGUGGAGCUGGUCACUAAACUGCAUCACUCCAUACUGGAAGCCACCCAGCAGAGGAUAACUGUGAAGAUACAGGAUGACCUUUCUGUUAAAUUCAGUAAAGACGCUGUCUCUGUGAAGUUUGUGAAGGCAACUGACAAGAACGGAAAUGGUCCAGUGUGCAAGAAGAGAAACAGUCGCCUAUUCGAGGUCCACGUUCCUUAA